AUGCGAAUGCGCUUUGGGAUUGCGCUAUGCGCGCUUGGCGCGGUGGCCAUCCUAGAGCAGGUACAAGCUUCGAACAGUGACAUAUUUCAUCCGAAUCACACCCUGUACACAUCCAGUGUGGCGUACUGUGAAGCGCCCGGCCCGCUUCUUCUCCAAUCUCUCGAUCUUAAGUACAGUGACGAUACGCAUACCCUUGAUUUUGACGUGCGAUUGUCUUCUACGACGACGGAUCUCACAUACGACACGGAUUUUAUGCUAUAUGCGUACGGCCGCAAGUUCGUCAAAGUACAUCAGGACUUGUGUGCGCUGGCCAGCGGAUCCUUUUGUCACAUCCCGAAUUACAAUUUUUCUGGAUCAGCACAGGUGCAUGUUCCUGACUAUAUUUCAUCCGACAUUCCACGAAUUGUGUAUACCGUCCCGGACAUCGAAGCGCUCGCUAUGUUGCGGCUCUAUGAUAGCAAAACGAAGAAGCCCAAGGGCUGUAUCCAGGUUCAAAUCUCCAAUUCCAUGACGGUCGACCUCCCGGGCGUCACAUAUGGUGUGGGUGCCUUUGUCAUCGCUGCGACAGUCGCUUCACUUAUCACUUCUGCAUGGACAAAUUCACUUUCCCCCCUGCAAUGGCGCGUCGUGGAUGUCGUCACUACCAUGCAACUCACGCCAAUGGCAUCGAUGCUCACGAUCAUUGUUCCUCGUGUCGUGCACGCCUUUUCUAGGCGGUUCGGCUGGAUUGUGGGCUUGUGGUACAUCGAAUCAAUUGUCUCAUCGAUUUUCGACGCCCGCCAAAACACAGGGAGCAAAGAUUUGAACAUAAACUUUGGAUCGCUCAUGGAGGCCGAGUACAGUCGACUGGCGAACUUUUUUCCCGCUGAGAUGCUGAAUGGCAAUGACUCCGCUGAGGUGCUUGACGUCAACGACGUCUCAUCUCUCGGCUUUAACUCGUUGCUUCGUCGGAAGCUGUACGCGCCCAAUACAGGGCCCGGUGGCGAGAUGGAUCCUGGCAAGAGCGCGGACAAUGUGGUGUGGGCUGUCGCGAUGGAUGGAUUCUCACAGUCUGGCAUUUUCUAUUAUGCGGCCUCACUCAACAUCUCACCGUACAGUGCGUUUUUAACAUCCCUCGUCACCUGGCUCAUGGCAAUCUGUAUCGCCAUAGGCUUGGCGCUACUGGCCACUAUCCCUGUGGUUUUUUUGACUCGUACGCCUAUGCCCUAUGCUCUCGAGCGCUUGUAUGUGCAAUGGGUUCGGCCUUUGCUGCUCAGGAUACUGGCGUCCGCCAUGACACCGGUCCUCAUUUUCGCCUUCUUCCAAUUCGCACAUUCAACCGGAUGGCUCUCACACUUUAUCGCAGCCCUAACAUGCUUUGCUAUCGUCUGCGUAUGGAGCAUUAUUCUCGCUCAGCAAUGGGUCCAAGUGCACCGCAGCGGACCCGACUCUCUCUACUAUAUUCGCUCGCAGCCUUGGGAUUUGCAGUCGGCCGCCCUGCAUAUUGGCUCCAUGUCACAUCCGUGGCGGCCUAAAUAUUGGUGGUUUUGGACCGUUAUGCAUGGCUGCAUGUUUUUGCGUGCGUGUUUCAUCGGCUUUGCACAGAAGCAUGAUUAUGGCUUGCGGCAAAGCGCCGGCUUGCUGGUCACGGAUUUUUUGCUGUUUGCCGUGCUGGUUGUGUGCCGACCUGGCCGUGAUAUUCAAAGCAAUGUGGUACAGUGUUUGCUCUGCGCAUUCCGCGUAGUUAUAUGGGCCUUGUGUAUUGCGCUAUCGACUGAAGCCAAUGUCUGGGGCAUUCCACGCGCCAUCGUUGGCUUCGUUCUCCUGGCCGUUCUCUCGCUUGCUAUCGUGUUCAUCUUCUUCGUGUUUUUGCUCGAAAUCGUUCAAACCCUAUUUUCGCGGCGUCAGCGAUGGAAGGGUGACUACCAAGAUCUCUAUCAUGUACAUAGUGAAACUUGA